AUGGAGAGCACGAGUGAACUUCAAAAAACAUGUUUGCAACUGGCAUUAGAAGGUGAACGUUUUUGUGGGCAGGGUGACUGCAAACGUGGGGUCCAGUUGUUUGAGACAGCCCUGCAAGUUGGUACCAGCGACCUUGAUACCUUGAGUGCCAUCUACACCGAACUGGGCAAUGCUUAUUUCGUUUUACACCAGUAUAGAGAAGCUCUCAAAUAUUACAACUAUGAUCUCAACUUGGCCAGGAUGAUGAGAGAUCGAGCCAAUGAGGGCAAGGCUUACAGCAACUUGAGCAUCGCGCUGAAGGCAUUAAACCUGUUUGAAGAGGCAUUUGCAUGUUGCCAACAUCAAUUGAAGAUUUAUAAGGAGACUGCCGACUUGGCAGGAGAAGCCAAGGCCUACUACAACACUGGCAACGUACAUUAUGCAGUUGCCAAGCAGUCUUUAGUCAAUGAAAUUGAAGUUCAGGGCCGAACUCACAACUCCCUCUUGCAAGCUAUCCAUAAUUACAAACUGUCAAUCGAGGCGUCGAAGCAAGUGAAGGAGGACUCAUCGUUGUUGGGUCGUUGCUAUGGUAACGUUGGCAAUGCUCUCUACCUCCUGGGCGAGUUCAAGGAAGCCAUCCUCUACCAUAAGAAGAGGUUGAAGUUGGCAUGUCUGCAUGGAGACCUGGAGGCCCAGAAGAGGGCGCACACGAAUUUGGGCAACUGUUGCAUAUUCAGUAGACGAUUUCAAACUGCCAUUACACAUUAUGAGGCCUGUCUCACCCUCUCUCAGCAGAUUGGUGAUAAAGCGAUGGAAGCACAGGCACAUUAUAACUUAGGUUGUAAUGCGUAUUCACUGAUUGGAAAGUUGAAGGUGUCUCUCAAGUACCACCAAGAACAUCUCGUGCUAGCCAAACUACUCAAAGAUAAGAUGGGGGAGAUGAGAGCGUGGUGGAGUUUGAGUGAUGUGUACAGCAGGAUGGAGGACCCUGACAAUGCCCAACACUGCUACAACUGCUACUAUCAACUAUCGUCUAGUCAGGUCUGCUGA